AGUGAGCAGUCAGUCAACUUAUAGCCGCUCCAGCGAACGGACGCACCGAAAAUCGAGCUAUAGAAACUUUACUUUAGAACAGAUAAAAACCCGAAAUCGAAUCCAUGUCUUAUAUAUAGAGCCAAACGAUUUGUUUACGUGUCGUGACGCGAGUGCCAGCCAUUCUGUGUGCGUGUGCCAGACCCAAACAAAACGAAAUCAAACAAAAAAAGAUAAAAAGUUCAAUAAAAUAAUCAAAGAAAUAUCAAAGAAAUCACCAUGAUUAGCACUACGGAUUAUCCAUCAGUGUCGGUGGAGACCACAACAGCUGCCAGCGAGGAGCUAUAUGCGGAAUAUAUAGCCGCACCGGCCAGCAGCAUGAGUCCCGCUGCCAUAGCCGAGCACCUGCAGCAUAAUCAGAUCACCUUCGAGAUACCCAGUGCCCAUGAUCUGCAACAUAUCGAUGCCCUCAACUCCUUCAAUGCCUUGCUCCAGAGGAUUGGCAAUGCCGCCGUGUCCUAUGAUCCAGCUCCACCUAGCGGUUGGUCACCAGAUGGCAGUAUCAGCACCGAACAGCUAUCCAAGUCUGUGGUUCUCGAUUUGGCUGACUUGAGGGAUAGAUCUCAGGAUGCCGGAGAAUCUAGUUGGUGGAAUCAGAUCUUUGGUGAUGCUGAUAUGCAUGUGAUUAUCAACUAUCUAUGGAUUGGAGUGGUCAGUUCAUUGGUCGUCCUGUCGCUAGUCUUCAUCCUGUUCAGCUGCUAUUUCUACAGGAAGUUCCGUACUUGGAAAAAAUGCAAUAAGGACAUACGUGCCCAGAUCCAUGCGGCCAGCGACUCGUACUCCUCGCACCUGGUUGGCUGCGAUGCCAGUCGAUUGCUGUUGCACCAACAAUUGCAGGGCCAGCAUGCCCAUCAUCAUCAUCAUCAUCUUCAUCGGAACAACGAGGCUGGCUUCUAUCAAAUCGAAUCGCCGCCCUGCUAUACAAUCGCCACUGGAUUGCCCAGCUAUGAUGAGGCACUGCAUCAUCAGCCAAGGCAUUUUGCCUACGGCAUGAAGUUCGUCUAUCCUUCGCUGGCAGCCGUGCAUCAUCAUCACCAUUGCAUUUCCAAUUGGGAGAAGAACGAGGGGCGGCAGCAAGAGCCGCUGAAUAAGCUGCAAAAGUGCAAGCUGUCAGCGGCAGCAGUGGAGGAGGAUAAAGUCGACUCAUCGUCCUCUUGCCAGCUUGCCUCACAGUCCACAUCGUCCACAUCCUGCAACUUGGCCGCAGCAACGCCUGCCAUUUGCAUUAACAUGCCAAAUGGGCGGCAGGAUGUGGAUGAGAACGAGGUGGAUAAUAAUUCCGAUUCCGAAUCCGCAGUGGCAAUGGCAAUGGCAGUGGGACAAAGUUUACAGCCAGCGGCGGCUGCCGACGAUGAUUGCGCCUCAUUGGUCGUUGUCGUGGCAGCGUGAUUGCCCAGCCAAGGGUCCGGGGUCAGGGGUUAAGGGUCAGGGGCAGGGAGUAGCAGCCCAAUUGCUUAGUCACUUGUAAAUAGUUGCAUAGUCUGCUAAUGUUGUUUACCCCCCCUCGUAAAUUGUAAUAACAUAAAUAUCUCGAUGAAAAUGCGUCCCUGAGUUUCCCACUAAGCAAAUUUAGUUUCCGUUUUAGUUAUCUGUUAUAUUAUUAUGUAUUAUGCAAGACUGAGUAUUAUUUAUUGUACUAUGUAUAAAAAAAAGAAAUCAAAUUGUCUAUCUAUUAAGCCCUAAAAUCUAAGCGAGAGUGAAAAAUGAAAGAAGAAAAAUAUACAAAAAACUCAAAUGAAAAAAAAACACAAA